UAGUAUUUUAGUAUGAGCUUUACUUUAUUAAUAGGAUUACAAGUUGUAACUAACCCUAAAAAGAAUUCAGAAUAAUGUUUAGUCUAUUACUAAUUUCUGUAGCAAUUAUGAUUAGUGUGUCUAUUAUAAGGAGUAAUCAUUUGUCAUUUGUAACUAUUAUGUACUUUUGAAUGCAGUUAUGGCACCAAAGAUGAGGCACAGCAAGAUGAAGAUAUUAUUACAAGAGCAUCAGGCUGGAGAUCAUAAUGAUAGAGAUAGAAUGCAAGAAAUGUAUGAUUGUCAGAAUCUUUAUACCAGUAUAACUAAGGCUGAAGGAUCUGAAUCAAGAACUUCUCGAUGCAACAAUGUCAACGUAUUUCAGCAUCAAAAGAAACGAUUAAGAAGUGAUGAAGGAAAUGUUACUGCAAUAGAAAAGGAGUGUGUAUUCAGCAAUCCAAACUCAAACGUUUUUGCCACAGAGGCAUCACGGUGUUUAGAAAACUAUUGUUCUCAAUUUGUGCGUGCAUCUGAAAUAAGAGGUCAAGCUACGUAUAUAGUUGGGCAAGCAGCAUAUCAAAGAAGUAGACAAGUAUCAACUGUGACGUAUGAAGAUUCAGGCGAUAAUAUUCAUACAUGCUCCUACUGUAACGCAUCUUUUUGGUUUGGAGAGGCGCUUAAACGAUCAUCAUCAAAUCAACCUCUUAUUUAUACAAACUAUUGCAAGAAAGGCCAAAUCAGACUUGAAAAGCCAAAGCCAACACCUGCUUUUCUUGAAAAAUUAUUGGAACCAAAUAAUGGUUUACAAAGUCGACUUUUCAGAGAGAAUAUCAGAGUUUAUAAUUCAAUGAUUUCUUUCACAUCAAUGGGAGCAGCAAUUGAUUAUAAAAUAAAUACUGGAUCAGGGCCUUAUGUUUUUAAAAUUAGUGGUCAAGUUCAUCAUUUAAUGGGUUCUAUAUUACCUUCUAAUGGGGAAUGUCCUAAAUAUGCUCAACUAUAUAUAUAUGAUACAAAAAAUGAGGUUUCAAAUUGUCUUAAUGCUAUUGAUCCUACACAUGAUAAUAUAAAUAUCAAAUUAGAAAUUGUUGAAGGACUUAUUAAAAUGUUUGAUGAAAUUAAUGAAUUAGUGAAAUAA